AUGCCAGCAUCUCACUCGCGCCCUGACUCGCAAGAGACUACCUCUCCGCCACCAUCAUACAAAAGACGCAGGAUAGCGCUAGCCUGCACUUCCUGCAGGAACCGGAAAUCACGUUGCAAUGGGGCGAAACCUUCCUGCAGUCUCUGCAUCGAGCUUGGGUUCGAGUGCGUCUACCAACAACCGGCGGCUGGCAACGGUAAACCCAUCCAGGCGCCCACCGGCUAUGAUGAACGUCUUCGCGCCAUAGAAGAUACACUACGACAACUUGUGCAACAGAAGGAUCAGUCACCAGGGCAGUCGGAUCAAUUCAGCCACGAUGCUGAAAUUGCGAACCGACAAUUUCGUGGAAGUGUCGAAGCUCUUCCCCCUCCCCUCGAUGGCGAAGACGUUGCAAUUCUCGACGACGACGGCCCUGCACAACAACAUGGAGGCGGAGACUCAGUAGAUGGCAUGGCGGCCAUUACCGACCCAGAGGAGAAAGAGCCUCGGUUCUAUGGCCCAUCCUCCAAUAUAUCGCUCUUGCGCGAGAUAUCCGAUGCCACUUCUGCCUCCCUUAAAGCGAUGGGCCAAUCGAGGCAUCCUGAGCAUAGUCUGAACACCGACAUUGUAUCCCGUGCAGUCUCUCCCAUGACAUCCCUACCACCUGAAAUGAGCCCAGUGGCUCGACAAGGUAUCAAUGUACGGUCACUGCCGCCAGAGAAUAAAGUUCUUUUGUUGAUAAGGCUGUUCUUUGCGGACACUGGAAUGCUCUUUCCGUACAUCCACGAAGAAAGUGUCCUUAGGACGUAUGCAAAUGCCCGGCGCAACCGAUUGACAGCAGUCAGUCGAUCUUGGCUGUGCCUUCUCAACGUUAUCUUCGCCUUUGCCACAUAUAUUACUGCAAAGCCGGAUCAGACGGCGGAGAAAAAUGCGGCUGAAUCAGAUGUGUUCAUUGAACGAGCACAGGCACUGGCUUCUGGUAUAGAGCUGAAGUCCGCCAGACUCGAGACAGUUCAAUGUCUCUUGUUGAUGGCUCAGUAUCAACAAGGAACACAAAGGUCUGAUCAAGCCUGGAAUCUACAUGGACUAGCAGUUCGAGCAGCAUUGCAGCUGGGCUUGCAUUCGCGAGCUGCCUCCGCCGGCUGUUCUUUGCUGGAAGCAGAACUCCGCAAGCGUGUUUGGCUUGCUUGUAUGGUUUUAGAUAGAACGCUAUCCAUGACGUUUGGCCGGCCGUCAACCAUACCAAACGAAUACGUCAAGCUGGAGCUUCCAAUCAACCAGAAUCUAGAAAGGCUAGCAACAAGCUCGCUUGGAGGAAUGCCAGCGUUGAACGAAAGCCUCGAGCCACCCGCCACAGUCUGCUUUUACAUUGCUACAAUCCAACUUUACUAUAUCUUGGGAGACGUGAUCACUCAGCUCUACGGCUCGAAUGUUGACGUCGAUCCAGAUAUAUCCAUGCUCACCCUCAUAGAACGAACCCUGGCCCUUGAGCAAAGGUUGUCAGCCUGGAAGCGUAAUCUGUUCCCCCAGCUCCAAAGGAGACCUUGGGAUACAUUCGACUCAGAGACAAUCUCAACGUCAACAUGGGAUCCAGUCUUUGAUAGACUGAGUGUUGUCAUCACUUUAAGGUAUCUGAACACCCGCGUAUUGCUGCACAGGCCCGUCCUCAGCGCCUUUUUAAGAAAAAGAGCGUGCUACAAAGCGGCCACGGUUCAAACGGACGGUGAAGACCCAUACUUCCUCGGACUGGCCGAGAAAAGCCUCGAGAUCUGCGAAAAGUCUGCCACUGAAAUAGUGCAGAUUGUUUUCAAGACAAGCGAACCUCCGACUCUGCUUGGAGCAUGGUGGUUCUCUGCAUACUACACAUUCAACGCAGCCCUUGUCAUAUUUGGCUGCAUUUUGCUCAAACUCACCACGGUAAAUAAGUGGAGUCACGGGGGAGCGACUAUCACAAUAUCAGAAUCGUUCGACUGUGACAGGGUCGUUGGGAUGAUUGCUUAUCUUCGCCGAGCCGCAGAAGCACUUCAACGGUUUGGCGAGGGCACUCGAUCAUCAAAGAGGAUUCAGAGGACUUUAGUCAAACUUGUUCAGAUCUGUAUGGCUCUUGCACGAUUUAGUCCGGAGCAUGGUUCCACGAUUCUAUCGGCUUUCUCGUCUUAUCAAUAUCCAUCAGACACUGCCCAAACACAGGCACAGCAACAGGCAAUCGUGACCGUUUCCAGUAUAGGCGCACCUGCACCUGUGUUGCUCAAUGGUGCCAUGCCGAACACGAUACAAACGGACGACCCGUUUACGAUGUUCGAUAUGCAUAUGCCUCAAUACUGGACAGAUGCGAAUUUGGACAUCUUCUCAGACCUUGUCGGUGUCGACACUGGCAUAGCGGCAAUGUUGUCUGGCUGA